CCCCCUGCUCCCACCCCGGCAGACCCCGGCUGGGCCUCCAUCAGCAGGGGGGUGCUGGUAUGUGACGAGUGCUGCAGCGUGCAUCGGAGCCUGGGCCGCCACAUUUCCAUCGUCAAGCACCUUCGCCACAGCGCCUGGCCCCCCACGCUGCUGCAGAUGGUGCACACGCUCGCCAGCAACGGGGCCAACUCCAUCUGGGAGCACUCCCUGCUGGACCCCGCGCAAGUGCAGAGCGGCCGGCGCAAAGCCAACCCCCAAGACAAAGUCCACCCCAUCAAGUCAGAGUUCAUCAGGGCCAAGUACCAGAUGCUGGCGUUUGUGCACAAGCUUCCGUGCCGGGACGAUGACGGGGUCACUGCCAAAGACCUCAGCAAGCAACUGCACUCGAGCGUGCGGACGGGCAACCUGGAGACGUGUCUGCGCCUGCUGUCCCUGGGGGCCCAGGCCAACUUCUUCCAUCCAGAGAAGGGCACCACACCUCUGCAUGUGGCUGCCAAGGCGGGGCAGACACUGCAGGCUGAGCUUCUUGUAGUGUAUGGGGCUGAUCCCGGCUCCCCUGAUGUCAAUGGCCGCACACCCAUUGACUACGCCAGGCAGGCGGGGCACCACGAGCUGGCGGAAAGGCUAGUCGAGUGCCAGUACGAGCUCACUGACCGGUUGGCCUUCUAUCUCUGUGGACGCAAGCCGGAUCACAAGAAUGGGCAUUACAUCAUCCCACAGAUGGCUGACAGAUCUCGGCAAAAGUGCAUGUCUCAGAG